AUGAGUGCAAAUAACGGAGGUGGCCCUUGUGGUGCCUGCAAAUUUCUUCGGCGAAAGUGCGUGAAAGGGUGCAUAUUUGCACCAUAUUUUGACUCGGACCAAGGCACGGCUGACUUUGCUGCGGUGCACAAGGUUUUUGGGGCUAGCAAUGCAUCCAAGAUGCUGCAGCGAAUACCGGCGCACAAGCGCGUUGAUGCUGUAGUUACACUCUGUUAUGAGGCUUUGUCUAGGGUUAGAGACCCUGUUUACGGCUGUGUUGGCCACAUCUUCACCCUCCAACAACAGGCAGAGAUUUUACAGGCAGAGUUAGCCUACAUUCAGGCCCGUCUUUCUGCGUUGCCCCGUCUCCCUCAAAUGCCGCCAUUUCAAGCCCAAGGCCAAUGCCCUUCGCCGUCAAGCCUUCAUGCUACUUCAGAUAUAGGAUCUCACUUGGUGUCUUCUUCUAACAUGUCGAUGCACUUUGACCCCCCACAACCACAACAUCCUUCCAUCGAGCUGACAAGUUUUCCAAAUCCCUUUGAUCAAGGAAUGGAAAACAAGGAGCUUCAAGCUCUAGCCCGGGAAUUUGUCUCCAGAUAUCUUCACCUUCCAGCUAAAACUUCUAAUUGUUAUUAA